CCUAUUUUAGCUGUGCUAAUGCAUCUGCCACCACAAGAUGAAAAUCGAGCAAACUUUUUCAAUCGCGUGUUAUUCUCGCAUCACAGUGGGUUACAACAGAACGAGAAUUUGUUGUUAGAAUUUGUAUUCUAUACGUUGGAUUCUAAAGGAGUUGAUGAAGCGCUGAAUACAUUCGAAGUGCACCUCACCACACCCCCCUAUAGCGAGAAUCCUGUCUUUUUAGGAUACGUUGGCUUGAUGGCCUAUGCGUUGUGGCAACGACGUUCUGGGCGAUUAAAUAACGAGAUUGAUUCGACAAGUGAAGAAGAGAAUCGGAUGGAGGUUUGUUCUUAUACGCCAAAGUAUUACUACUCAAUUGCGUGUCAAUCCCUGGAAACAUCACUUGAGUUGGAUAUUAAUAAUGAUUUAUUUCUUGAUACGUACAUCAAGCUCUUAGUCGCAAACGACGAAAUAGAUAAAGCAAUAUCGAUGGCAAAAAAAGCUUUUGAGAACAGUGAUAAUCGACUAACGACACACAGAAUACUUGUUACUCUUCUUUACACUUAUCAAGGAACUGAUAGGGAAUGGCUGUCCGUAGCGAAAUCUUAUCAUCAAUUGGAUCCCGUCGGCUGUCCAGAGAUUGCCUUAUUACCAUUAAUCGAGCACUAUGAUGCUGAUAUAAAGCGUUACGAUGUUGCUAGCAAGCACACAGGGAAGAUAGUCAGUCACAAAAUUGUGAAAGCCCACAAAGCUGUUCUGAAAAUGCUUUUUGCAAGAAUAGAACACGGCGAUGUACGAUGGGAGAUAUUAAAAGAAACUGUUAAGCGUAUACUACAUAUAGAUACACUAUCGCCAACAUCCCUCCACUCCCUAUUCUCUAGUCGCCCUUAUCUGCCUGGUUUGCUCUUUAAACAUCGACAAACAGAUACAUCUGUUUCUCGGCAAGGUCUUUUUGAUGUGAUUGGGCAAUACGUUGAACCGUUUGGUCAUUAUGUGGUUAAAGAUGAGGAGCUCACACUGAACUACAUUAGCAAGUUGAAGGAAGUUGUAGUGAAUAAGGGCGGAGAUGUCGACGACAUACCAUGGGAAGAGUAUAAACUUCGGAAGAAAAGGAAGAGUAAACAGAGUAACAGUGAUAGCGAAAGCGAAGGUGAAAGCGAUGCAAGUUAUUCAAAUAAUGACGAUGAUGGGUCUAUGUAUGGAGCGGAAUAUGAAUCUGAGUGA